AUGACCGCCGGUAUAAAUGAGAAACGAUGGCAUAUAGUGCCUCGCGAAUUAUUAUCAGAGUCCAGAACUUGUCGUUCGCGCAGCAGGCAACGAAGGCGGAUUUUUUUGGUUGUCAGAAAAAUAAGGAAAGGCAGAAAAAAAGGCAAUCUCGUUCGACAGAGCUUUGUGUCCAUAGUGAGUAGUUACCUAGAAAAAGGGUGUAUCUAUCGUUCGCAAAGUUUCAAAAUUUUUGUGGUCUUAAAAAUCUCAAACAAGUGUGCAGGAGAUUAUUUAAGCAUGAUUCGACCUUGAGCGAGAAGCCUAAAAGCAAAACACGACUCGUAAGUGAU